AUGUCCAGAGGGUAUUCUUGGGGAGGUGCAAGAGGAGCAAGAGGAACACGAGGCUCCAUCCGUGCGUCCAGAGGAUUCCCCGAUCGAGCCGUCACCUCCUGGAAGCAGGAAGAACAGCCGCUAUUGGAUCCUCCCGCUCCCUUUGGAGAGCUUCUCCUCGAAAUGUUGCCGGAGGACAUAUCAAACUCGUCAUAUGAGCCGAAGAUCACAGAUUGCCGUUACGUGGCUUCAUACACCUGGCUGGAUGGAGGUCCUCCCAGCAUUCUCAUUCCUGGGAGGCCUCCAGCAUGGGCACCACCUGCUACCGAUCGUCAGCUUGAACCUGACAAAGGCCAUUUCUUCCGAGACCCAAAUGCCGCCCGAUACCCAUCCUAUCCUAUGCAACCAGCGGUUCAGGCGGUGUUGGGCUUCAAUGAAAGAUUUCCAACCCACGACAUGGACAUUUUCACAUGUGCCAGUGCGUUAGGGAAUUUGAGUCGGUUUGUGCGCGGCAUGGAUCGAGAAUUCAGAAUCAUUGUGGCGAGGGUCGGGAAGACAGUGUUUUUCAUUCGCAGAGAAAAUUCACCCAGCGAGCUGAUACCCAACGUGCGAGGUUAUGGUCAUACCUUUCCAGAGGAGUACACGACAUGGGAUCAGGAUGUGAAGAAAGCGGGAUCACAUCAGAGAGUCAUCCAGUAUAACUUUGGCGGUCUCCGCCUGUUAGUCCGCUUUGAGGCCGACGGCCACUUCCGGCAGUCCGACUCGGACGCCGCCAAAGUUUUGUCCCCACAACCAGAGCCAGAGCCAGAAGGGGAGGGAGUCUCGCUAGUCGAAGCAUUCGGCAGCGCUUCUUUAGGGCAUGCAGUAGCAACACCCACGGACCAGAAAUGCCUCCACAUCAAGCACGGUGGUGAACCCAUUUCCCAAGAGGAUAUUUUCGACAUCAAGACGCGUUCAGCAUUCGACCACAAAACCGGAACCAUCAAAAGGGAAAUUGACAUGACAGACAUCACCCCAAGACUUUGGGUUUCCCAGAUCCCCACUCUCAUUGUCGGAUUCCACGAGCGCGGUCUGUUCAAAGACAUUCGUAUCCAAGACAUGAGGGAAGAAGUAUCCCAAUGGGAGGAUGACAAUUCCCAGCAACUCCGCCAGCUGGCGUCAUUGCUGCACGAGAUCCUGGAAUUUUCUAGGACAUCGGUGACGAGUCUUGAAUUAUGCCGAUCUGAGUCCGGACCUCUGCAGAUACGUCGGCUGGCGGAUGAAGGUCUGGACGUGCUUCCUGAGGAUUGGAAAAGUAAGUGGAUUGGAGAGUCUGACGAUGCCAAUGGAGAGGAUGAGGAUGUGCAUGGUUCCCCCAGAUCCAUAGAGGACCGCCGCAACCCUGAUCUUUGGGAUGACGACGACGACGCGGAGAAAGACUACACGGCCUGUUCAGCUGAGCACUGUGGUUAUUGCGGUCACUGUCGGUAUUGA